AUGUUUAGAGAUAGAACAAACCUUUUUCUUUCUUAUCGUCGUACAUUCCCCCAUAAUAUCAAGUACACGAGAACAAACACGCUGGAUAAGGGUGGGCUAUUAGAAUCGCAAGAUGAUACGGAGGACUUUCAGAUGGUAGAUAUGUCUCCCAGACACAUGUCUGAUGUAUUGCCACCUCAUUUUGUUGAUCUGACCCUCGAUAUAGACGAAUAUCUCGUUCAAGUGGAAAGGCUAAUGAGCCAGUUGACCAAACUCUAUCGUAAGAAUUCUUUACCAGGGUUCCAAGAUAAGAGUCAUGAUGAAAACGAAAUUGAAGAUAUUAGUUACAAGGUAAUUCAACUAUUCCAAAAAUGUUACAAUGUUAUGAAAAAGCUCCAGCAUGUUUUUGAAUCUCAGCAUUUGAAUAGUAAACAACUCCAAAAAGGUGAACUGAUCAUAUUGGACAAUUUGCAGAAGAGGUACGCACAGAAAAUACAACAAGAGAGUAGUAAAUUCCGGGUAUUACAGAAUAAUUACUUGAAGUUUUUAAACAAAGAUGAUUUAACGCCUUUAUUCCCUAAAAACGAUGGAUCUUCUCAGUUACUACUAGAGGAAGAGGCGGGAGAAGCCCAAUCAGAUGAUAUCGAAGCAUAUUCGAGGAAAACUUUGCAGCGGCAGCAAACGGGUAAUGACCAAGCAACACAAAGAUUUCUCAGAGAGCGUGAUGAAGAAAUUACACAGUUAGCUAACAGUGUUCUUGAAGUUAGUACAAUCUUCAGAGAAAUGCAGAAUUUAAUCAUUGAUCAAGGGACAAUCGUGGACAGAAUCGAUUAUAAUUUGGAAAAUACAGUGAUAGAUUUGAAAGAAGCCAACCAGGAGCUGAACAAAGCCACCCAUUAUCAAAAGAGAACCCAGAAAUGUAAAAUUAUACUACUUUUGUCCUUAUGCGUUUUAGCGUUGUUCCUAAUUGUAAUGCUCAAGCCACAUGGUAGUUCUUCCUCCUCAGCAUCACCUGUAGUUGCACCUAAACCUGCUGAACAAAUUCCGGAAACUCCCGGAUCAACAUCUUCUACUGGCCAAGUAGAGGUGAAUGAUGAUAUGAUUCCGAAAGUCAUGCGAAGAGACAACAAUCUUAUUUUAUAA